AUGAAAUUGAGAGUUGACUCAAGCUUAAGCAUCACAAAUCAUUUGAUAGAAUCACUUCAAGGAUUUUUAUCUAUAAAUUCAACUCAAACUAUCUUCAUUAGAAUUGGUAAUCCAACUCCAUUAGUGGGACCACCUCGAUAUGAUGGUAUAACUGAAAUAGCAAGUGUGGCUAUUAACUUCAAAAGCCUAAAUUUUAUUGAUAAAAAGAUCAACAAGAUCAGACAAGAUUGGCCAUCACAUUCGGCAUUUCCAGGUGGAUGUAUGGCAGCAGGUUCAGAAUAUGAAGAAGCUGGAAUUGAUUUAGCGGAAAAAGAUUUCAUAACAAUUGGUUGA